AACAGCAAAUUAAAAGCUCCCACCGGGUCUCGAGAGCGAGUAUCGUAAAUAGUUACUUUUCUCCAACGCACUCAGUCGAACAACGCGAUCCGGUAAUGAACGUAACGAACGUAAGAACGCAUUAGAUCAUAGUCGGUGACACUAUGACUGCCGCGGGUAGAACGAGACGGAGACAUAGUGGAGAGUGUUAGCGCGCGAGUGGGACAGAAAGAGUCUGGAAAGGAAGUAGACUCCCAGAGCUCCCAAACAGAGGAAAGCACUCAUUAUGCAGAAUAUGUGGAUAAUUUUCACCAUUAUUGGGCUGGUGGUGCUGGGUCUAGUGAUUCUGCUAAUUAUGGCAGCGCGUUAUCAGCGGAACUAUUGGCGCUAUCUGAACAUUCCGCACGAGAGGCCGAAAAAGCUAUGGCCCAUCGUUAGGCAAAUAGUGACACAGAGUCUCAGUACCGAGGCGAUGAAGACGGCUCAUUACUCGGCAUUCUACUCUAAAUUCAAGGGCAGCGGACCGUUCUGCGGCUUCUACGCUCUGCUGCAGCCGCGGGCUCUGAUCCUAGAUCGCGAACUGAUCAGGCAAAUAAUGAUCAAGGACUUCUGGAACUUCAAUGAUCGCGGGCUGUACUGUAAUCAGAAAACGGACCCGCUUUCGGGGGACCUGUUCGCCAUGCGCGGUCAGAGUUGGAAGGAGAUGCGCCAGAAGCUGGACCCCAGUCUGGAGAGCGAUCGCAUGUCCUGGCUGUUUGGCAGUCUCUACGAGGAGGCGGAACAGCUUCUGCUUACCGUCACCUCUAAGCUGAUGAAGCAGCCGCAUUCCACGCUCCACAUACAGAAACUGAUGCGGCGAUAUGUGCUCUCGGCUCUGGCCAAGUGCGUCUUUGGCCUGGAUGCCCAGCAGCGGCUGAAGUACUCCCUGGAGGACUUUGAGAAAAUGACUGAGAUGGCCGUGAGCAGUCACAAGCACGGCUAUUUGAUGAAUCUGAUGAUGAUCAGGUUUCCUAACUUCUGCCGCGUUCUGCGAAUGCGCCGGACCCCCAAGCAGGCGGAGACCUACUUCCUCACUUUACUCUCGGACAUCGUGGAGCAACGCGAGUCCUCCGGCGUGCGGCACCAGGAUUACCUGCAGCUGCUGGUGGAGAUCAAGGCCACCCAUCUGCAGAAUGAGCUGGCGGCCCAUGCCGUCGUACUUCUGAAGGCGGGAUACGAGCAAACGGCGAACACCUUGUCCUAUAUCCUCUACGAGCUAGCAAUGCACACAGACGUGCAGGCCACGGUGCGGAAGGAGAUCAAAAAGGCUAUGGAGCGCCACGAAAACAACCUGAACUAUGAGUGCGUCCAAUCUUUGGCAUAUCUGGGUCAGGUCAUCAACGAGACCCUCAGGGUGCAUCGCAUCACGCCCUAUAUACUCCGCCGCACCCUCACCGACUACCAGGUGCCCGACCAUCCCAAUUAUAUGCUGGUCAAGGAGCUAUUCCUGAUCAUCCCCACACAUGCCAUACACCACGAUCCCGAUAUCUAUCCAGAGCCCGAGGAAUUCAAGCCGGAUCGAUGGGGGGGCCCAAGAGACUCGCUGCAAGAGCAGGGCACCUGGUUCGGCUUUGGGGUGGGCGCCCGCAACUGCAUAGGCACACAGUUUGCCCAGCUGCAACUGCGCCUGGCUCUGGCAUUGCUCCUUAUGGAGUACGAAUUUACUCUAAACUCGAGGAAGCCGCUGGUCAGCCUGGAGGAUGGCAUUGCCCUACAGCUGACGCCUUUGGGGGUCAUCGAGCCCGGCGCCCGAAUUAGUCAUCUACAGAAUUUAAACCAUGAACAAAGUAUAGAAAGCAAUUUAAAACUAUUUACUAACGAAACUAUCAAAUAUGUAGGUAUAAUAUGGAGGACAGGAGGACCUGAGAGACAGAACCUCACACAAAUGGCAUUCUUACUUAAUAUACUCUGUUUAGAGUACACUGUUUUAGUUAUUCAUUUAUUUAUUUUCGAAAGAGCAAAUACUUUGCCAUUAAAUAACUUUGCCGUCUUACAAUAGAAGUAUACUUGAUCUAUUAAAAUAUUUGUCCAUUUGAUUCGUAGUUACACGCAAGUAGUAUUGUUAGUUAAAUAUCGUUUGUUGCAUUGUCGUUUGCUGAUAUGGUUGUUUGUUGGCUCGGGCCUGUGCAGAAUUAAGCUUAUUAGCGUAGAUUAAAGACAUUGUUUAAAAAUAGCUGGCUGCUUUCGUUGGUUAAUCGAAAUUAGAGUUCUAGGCUAGAAUCCGUUUUAUAUGUUAGCACUAAAGUAAAAUUUAAUAAUAAAUAAAACAUAUUUCAAAGUACACGAAACUAAAGUCUAAUUAUAAUUCUAAUUUAAGUUUCAUAUUAUUUUCUUCAAGUUUCGUUAUGGAAUGUGUUUUGCUUUGCCACUUCUACGGUUUGUCCGGG